AAGAAAGAACAUAAUUGGCUCAUGAAUGGCUUAACCAGUAAAGUAUUGGGCAGACCCUUGAAUUAGAACACACUUUAUGUCGACGAAAGCAAUGAUACCUAUUGCCUUGCAUUGCUACAUACGUCGGAAUUUGCUGUGUAGUGGUGUUCCUCCCAGUUGGGUGCCCCAAUUUUCCUAGGGGGGUGACCUGUGUAGGUUACGGGGGCCGGUCUCAGAUAACAACUUUGUUGUCAGCAAUGGCUGCUCUUCGGAUAGGAGGUCAGCUUGCUCUGAGGGCUUCAAGCUCUAAGCUGCUGAAACCCCAGUCUUUGCUGGUAACAUCAGAAAGGACACAGUACUGGAACCGCGACUGGAAGCCGGAGCCGGUGGCGCCGCGCACGCCGGAGGAGCACGCGGCGGCCGCCGCCAAGUAUGGCAUGCUUCCGCAGGACUACCGGCCCAUGCCCGACGACGGCACGGCGCUGGGCGACUACCCGGACGUGCCGCUCGUGUCGGCCGAGGCGCGCGACCCCUACUACAACUGGGACAUGCCCGAGCUCAGGCGCGACUUUUGUGAACCGAUCCACCACUCGAUGGACAUGUAUGGCGAGGAUCGGUACAACGCCGACCGCAAGCUGCGCAUAUCCAUACCGGAGAUGUGGGCCAUGUUCCUCGGCGUGAUGGCCAGCUACACCCUCGUCUUCUUGUACUUCGAGGACAAGAAGAUGUUCCGGCCCGUGAUGCCGAAGCAGUUCGCGAAGGACGGUCCCCACUACACCUUCGAGAUGAGGGAGUGAUGAAAAGAACGGUGCCCUGUAAACUCUACAUAGACAUGUGGCGCGAAUGAUGUAAUAGACCCAAAGUAGUCCGCUGAA